AUGAACAACAACAGCAACAAUAGUAAUAUAUUUUUGAAUAAUAGCAACAACAGCCAUAGUAACAAAAGCUUAUAUAAUCAAAAAUUCAUUCCUACGCAAUACAACGGUAAUACAAUGAACACCAACUCAAUGCUGAUGCAUCAUCAGCAACAGCAGCAGCAACAACAACAACAGCAGCAACAGCAACAAAACGGAGGUCGUGACGGUACGGGAAACCGUGGUGGAUCAGAUCGUUUAGAUGACCGUACCAACGGACGUGGUUCACAUACGGGCGGUAGGGGAUCAAGUUGUUCGCCCGCAUCGUCGCCUACACGCCAUCCCAGUGCGGUAAGUCCGGUCACUUCAUUAAAUCAUUCAAUGAUGCAACAAAUGCAACAACAACACCAUCAAAUAAGUCCUCCGCCGCAUGUAGGUGGUGUACCUACACCGAACGGCCUGCCAGCCGGUUUACCACCUCGCAUGCCCCACGGCCUGCCACCGCAUUCGUUGGGUUUGCUUAACUCAUUGCAAAUGAUGCAUCAUGCCUCGCCUUUGGAACUGAUGGCAGCUGCUCAUCAUCACGUACCGCCACGCACUUACAAUAGCCCGCCUCCAAUUUCCACCUCAGAUCCUAGUGCCAAUGAAUGUAAAUUGGUUGAAUAUCGGGGACAAAAAGUGGCCGCUUUUAUUAUAAGCGGGGAGACAAUGUUGUGUUUGCCUCAGGCUUUCGAAUUGUUUUUAAAACAUUUGGUUGGCGGCCUGCAUACGGUAUACACGAAACUGAAGCGUCUUGACAUUGUGCCGUUGGUUUGCAAUGUUGAACAAGUGCGUAUAUUACGCGGUCUAGGCGCCAUACAACCAGGAGUGAAUCGCUGUAAGCUUCUCUCGUGCAAAGACUUUGAUGUACUAUAUCGUGAUUGCACAACUGCCAGAUGUCUAUCGAUCAAGCCACCAGAAAGUAACUCUCUGCAAUUCCGCAGUUCCAGGCCGGGUAGACCGCCUAAACGUGGACCUGUGGGCCUCUCGCUACCACCAACGCAUCUAACGCAACAUCCUCAACUUAAAAAACAUCGCCUGGAUAACGGUGAUUAUGCCUACGAGAACGGUCACAUAACCGAUAUGAAUCGUUUAGAGAAAUCACCUUUGCUGGCGAACGGUUACAAUCCCCCGCCUAUUAAUCAUAUGGCCUUUAUGCAAAUUAAUCAUCAUCCCGGUUCGGCAUUAAUGUCACCGGGUAUGCCGCCGCAUGGCUUACAUGCACGUCCCGAUUCACAAAUGCUUAAGGCCGCCGCUCAAAGUGGUAUGUCAGCGGCAAAUAUGGAUGCUUUAGCAAGAUCCGGUAUUUGGGAAAAUUGUCGUGCGGCCUACGAGGAUAUAGUCAAACAUCUGGAAAGAUUGCGUGAGGAACGCACGGAUGAACGGCAACAACUGGGAGGUAGCGGUGUCGGCGGCGUUGGCGGCGAACAAAAGCCACGAGAUUUAAGCUCACGUAAUUGUUCUCCUAAUCGUCAAAGUCCUGUAUUGAAUUUAUCAAAGUCCGGCGGCAAUACAGAUCAAGGCAGUAAUUGUGAUGAACGUAGUGAACGUAGUGAUAUGCAUUCUCCAUCGCAUACAAUACGUGACGACAGUGUGGAGCGCAACAGUCGACGCAGUAUUGGCGGCGGCGGCGGCGGUGGUGGUGGUGGCAUGGGCAGCGGUCACGGCGGCAGUGGUAUUAUAGGUGUUGACGACGAUGAUGAUGAAAAUUUAAGUGAAGAUAACGUUUCCGAUGUCGAAGAUCGUUUAGGCAAAGAUGAAGAAGAUUUAAGUGAUAAUGAACGCGAUAAUCUUUCCUCAUCAUCAACACAACGUCUUAGUCUGCCGCACAAUAUGUCUCAUCAUGGCGCUGGGGUGAGCGGAGGCGGCGUUGAAUGUGUGGGUAGCGGUGGUUUAAAUGAUCGUGACUCUGCUUUACCCAGCUUAACGCAUGGUUCACCUUCGCAUAAUGCUGCUGUGGCGGCUUUACAACAUCAAAGGGCUUUGAAUUAUUCAACUUUAGCGGCGGCAGCUGCUGUAGCAAAUGGGGCCGCUGGUCCUAAUGGUCCCGUUGCGGUUCCAGUUAGUGGUGGCGGCGCUGUGCCUAUGACACCAAGCGAAGCUUUAUUAUCUGCCGGUGAUGCCUCUUCGGCAGCAGCUGCUUUAGCUGUCGGUACCAUAACCUUAGGUCCCUUAGCCAUGGAUCCGGGUGUACCCUCAUCAACUGAAACGCUCUUAAGAAAUAUACAAAGCUUACUUAAGGUAGCGGCGGAUAAUGCUAGGCAACAAGAGAGACAAAUAACCUAUGAAAAAGCUGAGUUAAAAAUGGAUGUAUUACGUGAACGUGAAGUCAAGGAUUCGCUAGAAAGACAAUUAGUAGAUGAACGAAAACUAAGAGUUUUAUAUCAGAAGCGUUAUCGGCGUGAACGUAAAUUGCGCAUACGUUUUCAACAGCAACUGGAGGGCGGUGGCAAAAGUAAAUCAUCUAAUGGCUCAACGACCAGUAGUUCGGGUAAUGGUAGCAGUAAUAAUAAUAAUAAUAAUAACAACAAUAGCAAUAAUGGCGGCGGCAAUGGUGGUGGUCCUUCAACGAAUCUUAAUUGUUCCACUAAUCUGGUCAACGAUGAGGUGCGUUCAUCGGGUUCCGAUUCAUUGCACAGUAAACACAGUGGCAGUGUUUCGGAUUUGGCACGCAAAUCCGAACAAGAUACUGAUUGUAAAGAAAGUGAAAAGUCUGAUAAAUCAUCAUCUACCAUAUCCUCCUCCCUAAAUACACAAGACGAUCAACAACAUAAUUACAAUAAUAAUAAUAAUAACAACAUCAACAACAACAAUAACAAUAACAACAACAACAACAAUAGCAACAAUAACAAUAACAACAAGAAUCACCAUCAACAACAAUUACACCAUCAGCAUCGUCAACAUUUACGUGAAAGUUCGGAAAGUCCGAAUUUCAAACGUGAACCGACGUCCGAUCAUGAGAGCGGUUCAAAUGGUGGCCGUCACAGUGCCGAUAAUAAUCUGCGUCAUCAUCACAUACAACAUCUUCAUCAUCACGGUCUCACCCAACACCAGCAACAACAAUCACAGCAACUUUCCGACCAGCACAACGAUCACGAACGGCGCUCUUUGGACGAUAGAGAUGAACGCAACGAACGACGUAACUCCAUCGAUCGGGAAUCUAAUCAUCCACCUACGUCUCAGGCUGAAAACAGCCUGGCAGUAGCUGCUGCAGCCGCUGCGGCUGCUGCCGCUAAUAGUAAAGGCCAGUGGAAUUAUCCGGGCAUUGAUUUAAUGGCCACUGGAGCAUUUUGGCAAAAUUAUUCCGAAUCUUUAGCUCAAGAAAUCGAACUGGAACGUAAAACGCGUAGCGCGAAUGCUGAACGCGAUGUCAAAAGUCCUUUGGCUGAGCAUCCGACAGCCUAUUAUAAGAACUCCGUACUUUUUGGUAGCGCGAAUUAAAAGCGCAUCCUUACAAAUACGAAUAAACUUGUGAUUUAAUAAUAAACGAUAUGUGGGGAGACAAACUGCGAAAAAUAUCAAAACGAAAAAGUAAUAAACAAAGUAAACAACAACUGGCUUAAGUGAAUAAAUGCAAUUAGGACGAUGGAGAAAUCAAUAUUAAGAGGAAGAAGAAGAAAGACGAAUAAAAGAUGAAAAAUUUUAGAAAAGAAAUAUGAAAUCGGAUCUCAAAGUGUAAUUGCUGAAAAGAAAGGCAGCUGUAGCAGUUGGGAAAAUUCAAGUAAAUUUCAGAAAAUCUUUUUCAAAACAAAAUAAAAAGAAGUAAGAAAGUUAUAUUCGGUACGGGCCGAAUCUCGCAUACCCACCACUACGCUUUUUGCAUUCUGCUCUCCAAGUUCUUUUAUUUGAUAGCCACAUCACUGGUAUUAUUCAGAAAAAAUUGAUCGCGGCGUCUGCCAUUUUCAUUUUAGAGGUGGAUAACAUAUUCGAUUUAAACAUUCUGUCCUGCCUUGUCUUGUUUGCCUAUAAUUUUUGUUAAGAAAAGCGGAGUUACGUUCAUUUUGCGCUCUACUGCGCGCUUUUGCUCUGACCAAUUCGGCCCAUUUUUAAAACCCACCUGCUCAAACCUGCUAUCAAACUUCGAGUCGAUAUCU